AACGCCCUUCAAGUCGUAUCAUACGUUUACAGGAAUUACAAGAAAGACACGGAGGAGCGCGAAAAGAUAUCAAACGCGAGCAUCGAAGCUUUUAGGAAACUGAUCGGCGAGGGUGUGAGGGAAAUGAUUCAGGAGAUUGAAGGAACAGAUCCUGGUCCCCCAGUGGAAGCAAGGGACAUACCAGCUGCUAAAUUUGACGGACCCAGGUUCCGGCCAGGUGGAAGAGCAUUCUCAUCGAUUCCCCGAAUGCCUCGACCGGCCAAUAUGUCUAAACAGGAAGCUAAGGAACGCUUCAAUGAGAUUUUCACCGAAGAUGACAUCGCUUUUCUGGACGUACCUUCAAUGGACACGGCGUUUGAGUUGAUGAUGCUGGAUGAUGAUGGACAACUGACGACAGACAAGCUGAGGAAAGUAUACGAGAACGUUGGUCCUCUGCAGCUGGCCAGGCGCAAGUAUCUGGGACUGAGGCUUGUCUCCACCCCACGGCAGUACUUCAGCACCAUGCUGGAAUUCGUGGGACGUACUAGCGACAUCUCUGAGGAGGACAUCGAUAGGUCUGUCGCCAUAGAUGUGGACUAUGUGGGCACCAUGGAUUUUGACAUGGCAUCUGAGGACAUGGAGUUUCUUAUGAGGCAAGGAGCAGCAGCAACUGUUGCCUUUCUCGAGGAAAUGAAGGAGAAGAAAAAAGACGGCAUGGAAAUGCAAACAAGACUGGAAUUUUAAUUGAAGAGUCCAAGCAACAGGCUUUAUAGUCUAAACUGUAGAGUAGUUCUUUGAGUUUUGUUUCAUACAUA